AUGUUGAACCGAACACCCCUCGCAAUUCUAUCCGGCAACAUCACCAUCGAGCAGUUCCUAUGUAUCCCCUGCAGCCGCAAAUUCAACAGCCAGGCAGAUUUAGACGCACACAUCCGCAGCAGCAAGGCGUUCACGCACUUCACUGUGCCGACGAAAACUAUCACGGCCAAGACCAAAACUCGAGCUGCGCCUAUGCAUUGUGCAUACUGCCAGAACACCGCUACGACCGAGGUGGCGCAGUCGGAUUCGCCGCCGGAGGAGGUUGUGCUGGAUUCGUCGCAAGAGACGGUGCUACAAACUCAAGAGGUGCUGGAUCAAGAGUACCAGCAGAACAAUUGA